AUGGCGCCUUCAACAGGGAAGAGCCACGUGGCAUGUCGCCACUGUGACUGGCGACAAAGGACUGCAUAUCGCAGGUCCUAUUGGCGCAUCCAGAGGUGCAUGGAAGCGCUGGAUCAAUGGCAUCUUCGUCGUCAUGCUCAUCGAGCAUACAAACUAGGUCUGGUCCAGUUGAUGGUGACGUCUUGUGGAUGCAACCCAAGCAUGUUUCAGAACAUGUUUGGAAUGGGGAACCAGAUAGAAAAUUACACAUUAGACGAGCAGUGCCGACAUAUCAAGGUGAAGAACAAAUACCAGAGGAAAUUGUUCCUCUACUUCGGCAAUUUUGUCUGGGAGCCAUACACACCAACUGUGAUGGCAGCGCUGCCUCAAAUUUGUGUGGUUGGAAGUGUAGCCUGGUUCGCGGUGGUGCCACUGAUUUGUUUUCAUGUUGUUGAGUGGCACCAACCCGAUAGGGUUUUACGACAAUAUGGAUUGCAACAACCUAUUCCCGGGUGUCCUUCGCAACCGCAGAAUCUCCAUGGCAUAACGCUCAAAGGCAAACAAGAUGAGAAUUGGUUCCACCUGUUGGCCCCAAUCAUUAGUCAGUGGAACAAUGCAGCGCAGUUUAGGGUCGACGUUUAUCCUCGACAGCAGGGCCUACUAGGUUUUAACUCGGACUAUAUGGUGUGGUAUAGGCGUAAAACAAAGAUGUUUGUCGACCCAAACAAUGCAAACACAGCUGCAUUGGGUGAAGUUGUGGAGACUUUACAGUAUAUGGUGUCACCACAAGGGAGGAACACAUGGACAGUUGAUGAUCUCGUGCCUUACGUGGAUAAGUUGGCGAUUAUAUCAGAAGAGCAAGAGAGAGUCACUGAGCCAGUGUCACAUGGUCCAGCAUCAGAGCGUGAAUUCCCAGCACCAGAGUUUCACAUUCUUCAGUCAAGUGUUGAAACUCGGGGGUUAGGCAGACGAAGGGAGCCUGUUCAAGCGGAGCAAUAUUCGCAACAAAUGAUGGAGCGUGGUCAUGGAAUGUAUUACACGCCAGCAACAUUUUCCGAAUAUCCUUCACAGAUGUAUCAGUACCCCUUUGAAGGUCAUCACACUGAUACUUCUGCGAGCGAACAUUCGUUCGGUGGUGUUGCGGAAACACAAGCUCAUUUUUCAUGGCCCACUAUGACUCCUUCGCAGCAGCACGAUGCCCCCAUGGCAACACCUAACGCCCCAUUUGCUCUGCAAUGGAAUGUACCCGGAGCAAUACCUGAUAUGGGCGACUUAUUAGGUGUUGAUUUGCGUCAGGAGUUUUCUGCUGAGGCUGAGCAAGCAGAAGCGGGGAGACAACGCGGCAGAAGAAAUCCUGAUCGUCAAGCACGAAGAUGGGAUCGACCGUGUGGCACAUCCUCACGACAUCGCGGACACCAUAAUGACUGA